AUGAAAACCGUUAAGACUGGUAGAUUAGAUUUGCCUAAGGAAAAGCAGCUGGUGUGGUUUCAAAAUCGGAGGGCGAAAUACCGAAAGCAAGAAAAGCAGCUACAAAAAGCCCUUGCACCUUCCGUUCUGCCAACUUGUAAUGGGGCCAUGAUGCGCAACAUCUACCCAACGGCUACACGUGGAUACCAACCUUAUCCUCACCCAAAUACCAUCAACAGAUACCCACAGAUGAGUGCAGCUAGUUAUCCUUCAAUGAGCCAACCGUUCUCUAUGAGCCAUUCAGCCACCAAUAUGACAUCUGGAAUGAGGCAAGAUUCAAUGGGUAUGUCUCCUGAUGAUGAGUGGUAUAAUAAGAGCCUGUCUGCACUGCGCAUGAACAGCUCCCAUCACCCCAACCUUGGUGCCCCGAUGCUUCAAUAUCAGACAUAGUCCAGACAUUUCUAGGGCACGCAUUGCCACGGCGUGACUUUGAAAAAAGAACACCUUGAAUGACAUAAAACAUUUUUUAUUCGUAUUGGCUAAAAGAUCAAGGUAAAUGUGGCAUGAUGGAUCAUAUUGAAGACUUUCACAAUGUUCCACUGGUUUUAAAUUAUUUUUAUUGUGGAAUCAUUAAGCAUUAAAAGAAUGAUGUAUAAUUUUUAUACAUUGUGGAAAUUGUUAAAUAACAUUUUGUUAUGUGAUUGUAGAUAAAUUGGAAGAUUCUCAGUAAUUUGUUUGUUUUAUUUUUAUUGGAAAAAUUAAAUACUCAACAACGAAUUAUUUUCUUAUAUUGUUAUUGCUUUCGAAAUAACAACUUUCAUUUCAAUGUUUGAUUUGUAAAGAUUAAGUAUAAAAAUAAGGAGCAUUUCAUGUACUUCCUUGUUUUCAAUAUUUUAUAUAUACUUAUAAACUAUUACGUAUGAAUAUAAAUAUAUAUAUAUAUAUGUACGAUGUAAAUAAUAGUUAAGGAUUGUAUUGUUUUGACAUUUUAACAUUAAGUACUGUGAAUAAGUGAAUUUUUAUUCCUAAUUAUUUAUGGAAACUAAUGUUUAAAAUGAAUUUUUAUGGCUUUUCUUUAAUUUAACUAACAUGGUUUCCAUUUAUAAUUAUGGUUGUUUUCUUAAAUGUAUAUAAAUAACGUAAAAAUUGAAAAAUGCUGUUGUUGAUGAUGUAAAUUAAGGUUUAUUAAUUCUAGGAAAGCUUAAAGAGAAAAUUGUAUUUAAGUGCUACUGGAGACUAAAACCGAGGUUAACCAGAUUUGACAUUAAACAACAAAUAUUUAUAAAAGUUCCUGUGCUUGCUCCACCAAUUCUGAUCCAAUGAUUAUCACAUAUAUACUUUCCAUGUGUAUGUAACUAUAUUAAUGAUUAACAAGGUGAUAGUGAAGACAUUUUGAAAAUUUUCUCAAUGUUAUAGUAAUAAUUUCAAUUUCUCUUGUUCUAUAUUGUAGUUUUAUCAUUAGUGGAUAUCAUCAGUUGCUUGUAUGUUAAUUUCAUUAACUGAAUGUAAUAAACG